AUUUCACUCUAUCCCCAACAAACAUAACCUAAUCCUCUCCCACUCGCAUUCCCUCUUCCACUCUUUCAUUUCUCAACUCAUCAAUGGCGUCUCCUAAGCAAAACACAGAGGCGAAUUUCCAAGACUUGCUGCCCACCAUGGCCGACAAGCUCGGCGGGGACGGCUUGAUCGGUGAGCUCUGUAAUGGGUUCAAUCUCUUGAUGGAUCCCGCCAAGGGGGUCAUCACGUUUGAGAGCCUCAAGAGGAACGCGGCGCUUCUGGGCCUGCAGGACCUGGGCGACGACGAUCUACGGUCCAUGUUGCAGGAGGGGAACUUCGACGGCGAUGGGGCGCUGAAUCAGAUGGAGUUUUGUGUGUUGAUGUUUAGAUUGAGCCCCGAGCUUAUGGAGGAGUCGCGGCUCUGGCUGGACGAUGUUCUUCAACACGAAUUGUAAGCAUUGUUGAUGGAGAUUUGUUCAGAAAUUAAUCUAGUUUCUUGGGUUCUUUCGCUGUGUUUUCUUUUCCGGCGGUUGUUGUUAUUGUUUAUUGGAUUAAGGAGGGAAAAUAUUAUACAGAAAUGAAUUGACACUUGACUCAUUGUUUCA